GCACCAUUGGAUGCAGUCUGAGUUUUUGCCACUCGAAAUUAUAUGUGACGUCACACCGAAAAGUGCCAUUGCUCAUGGUUGAGAGUGUGGGCGACCGCGAGCCCGCGCACCUGUCAGGUGUCGCGCACCCAAGAGCCAAACAUACUUUUAAGGAGCCACGUUCACGCCGUCUUUCAUCACGCGUUCAACUUUGUAUCCGGCAAGGCUCGUGUCAGCCGGUCCAGAACCGAGCGCGAAGCCGCCACCUCGGGAGUCCUCGGCCGCUUCCGCAUUCUCGCGGCAGCCCGCGUCCAUGCGCCCAACAGGGAAAAAAACCGGUCGGUCCGGCUUAUCUGGAGCCCGCCUUUGCUGGCCCGGAACAAUGCUUCAUCCCCGCCGCACAGGAGAGCAGCACAGCGGCGCGGCUACUUCUGGGCUGCGGUGGCUCGCAUUCAGCGGUUGAAGGACGGUCCUAAGAUACGGAGGUCAUGGAGGGCUGCUGCCGCUCCUGCAUGCCGUGUUUGAAGCGCCUCUGGGACUGCAUCUGGCCAGACUUCCGCUACCCCAGCGUGCCGAACCAUGUGAUCGCCAACCGGGCCGCGCAAACCGCCGAGAUCCGGACCGUGUCGGGCGACAUUCGCGUGCCGUCGCCCAAGAAGAGGCCGGUCCAACUGUACGCUGCGCUCUUCGACUUCGAGGCCCGCAGCGAUGACGAGCUGACGGUGCGUGAGGGCGACAAGCUUUCGGUGCUGGAGCAGCGAGGCGACUAUGUGCUGGCCAAGAAACUGACCGGGUCACUGGACUCCGGACUUAUUCCUGCCAAUUAUGUGGCGGUUCUGCAGGACGAGUUUGCCAAACACAAGUGGUACUACGGCAACAUCAACCGCACCAAAGCCGAGAAGCUGCUGCUGGCCCCCCAAAACAAAGAUGGCUGCUUCCUGGUACGCAUCAGUGAGAGUCACAGUGAUGAGUACACCAUCUCAGCUCGGAGUGAUGGGAAGGUGUUCCACUUCCGUGUGCAACGCUCCUCCAUCGGUGCCUAUUUUGUGUCCGACAAGAUCUCCUUUGGGACGCUGGGCGAGCUGGUCUCGUACUAUCAGAAGAACCCUCGCAGUUUGGGCGUGCUGCUGGCGGAACCUUGUGCUCAGCAGCGGGAGAUUUACGACAUGGAGCCUUGGGAGAGGCCUCGCGAGGAGUUCAAGCUGCAUCGCAAGUUGGGCGAAGGGCACUUUGGCGAAGUAUGGGAGGCUCUGUGGACCGCCGAGAACAAGCGAGUGGCUAUUAAGAUGCUCAAACAAGAGGACACCAAACAGGAUGAGUUUGUGAAGGAGGUGCAGGCAUUGAAGAGCCUCCACCAUCCCAAACUGAUCCAGCUGCUGGCUAUGUGCUCCCGAGGAGAACCAGUCUACAUUGUCACUGAGCUGAUGAGCAAAGGAAGCCUCAAGUCCUACCUGGCCUCUGCAGAAGGUCAGGUGCUGACCUCAGCUCACCUCAUCUUCAUGGGCAGUCAGGUGGCUGAGGGCAUGGCCUACUUGGAAGACCGGAACAUCGUCCACAGAGACUUGGCGGCUAGAAACAUCCUGGUGGGAGAGGACCUGGUCUGCAAGGUGGCAGACUUCGGGCUGGCUCGUAUUAUCAAGGACAGUGUGUACACAGCUAGCCGGACCACCAAGAUCCCUGUGCGGUGGACGGCACCGGAGGCAGCCAUUCACCAGAAGUUCUCCGUCAAGUCGGACGUGUGGUCCUUUGGCAUUCUGCUCUUCGAGAUGAUGUCGCGCGGGAAAAUGCCCUACGAAGGCAAAAACAACAAGCAGGUGUUGGACCUGCUGUCAUCUGGUGCUCGCCUGGCGUGCCCUAGCAGAUGUCCUCACAACAUCUACCGCAUCAUGAUGGACUGUUGGGCGGGCGAUCCUUCCAAGAGGCCUUCCUUCCAUGCUUUGCACAGCCAGCUGGACUCCAUUUAUGCUCGUAUCUACUUCAAGACCAUCGAGGUGUGACAAUGGGGCGGAGAAAAGGAGGACAAUAUCGCCGCCAUGGACGCUGACAUAAACGGUCUGCCAUGAAGGAAGCCAGAUGGAAUUCUUCACCGAGCCACGACUAUUUCCUCAAUGACGACUGCAGGCCACAGGCGCUAUGUGCAAUAAUGAUGUGCUGGCUGGUGUUUCGCCAUAUUAACUGCCUGACAUAAGCUAAUCUUUUUGUCCAAACGUAACCUCCAGUUAUUCUUAAAGGAAGACGGUAUGCUGGUGAUUCCUCAGUGGAGAUGGAAUUUCCUUUUGGUCAUUAGCUUUAGCAUUAUCAUUUUUUAAGAACAAAUGUGAGCCCAUGAAAGUGUUCAGGCUUGCAAUCAUUGCUAAAUCACUUUGCACUGACUGUUGGUGGGCAAAGUAUGACUGUUUCUUUUUUUUAAAUUAAUCUGGCCCUCGAAGCAGCUGCAUUGUCAAGAGUCCUUUAAAAAAAAUUGGGGAGGGAUAAUUUACAUUUUUCCCCCCUAAAAUAAAAUGCAUUUAUUAUUGUAAUAAUAAUUAUUAUUAUUAUUGUAAUAUUUUAUUAUCUUUCUUUUUAAUUGUUCCUUCAAAUAAUCCCAUUCUUGGUAGCGAAAAUCCACAAGUAAUUGAUGCCCCUUAAAAUGUUUAGUUUCCUAUAUUAAUAGUUUGAGCUGUAAAUAUGCCACCAUUUCUUUACUGAUUUUUUUUUUAAAUCAGAGAUUCAAUUAAUCCUCUAAAAAUAAUUUGGGGUGCUGAUUCCAAAUCUCCCCUCAUUUUCAUCUACUCUGAUCCUUGAAGGCCCCUGUCCUUCAUGCUUUACAUCAUUGGUGUCAAACUCAGGUCCUGGAGGGUCGCUGUCCUGCAUGUUUUCUAAGUCUCUAUCAAGUGUGUUGCAACAGGGAGACUUGGGGGAGACUUGGGAGACAGGGAGGCCAUGACUUGGAAAACAUGCAGGACAGCGGCCCUCCAGGACCUGAGCUUGACACCCAUGCUUUACAUCUUUCCCUCCUCCAACACACCUGAUUCAAACUAUCAGUUCAUCAACAAGCUCUGUAGAAGCUUGAUAAUUAUCCUGACCAUUUGAAUCAGGUGUGCAUUAGGACGGAAACAUCUAAAGCACGUAGGACAAGGGGGCUCCCAGGGACCAGAGUUGGUGACCCCAGCUCUUCCACAUCAGAUUUUCCUAAUAAUAAAAAUAAACUGAACUGGUUGCAAGUCAAAUGCAGGGAACACAUAGACAAACAACCAUCACACCCACUGUCACACUUGGCACAAUUUAGACUUGAUUCCAUUUUGAGUCUAAAUUAUGCCAGAUGUGACUCUAAAUUUUAGCCUACCAGGUUAAGCCACGGAUGGAUUUUUUUUCUACAACUAUAAAUUACAACUCUUGGUAAUAUCUAUAUUUUGCCAGCUUUUAUUGGUCAAACCCGUACACACAAACAAGUGAUGAUCUCAAAAACCUAAUGUGCUCAAAAAUUUGUUUGAAAUCUCUGUCAAAAAUACAUUUCAGCACACAUAAAGCUAUUUAUGAUUAAAAUGUGUUGCUCAAAAGUUUUAUGAUCCUAAAACCAAUUCAAAUUCUA